AUGUUUUUGUUGCAACACUACUUCAACGCAUCGGUAAGACGCUGGCCGGACAAAGUGGCGGUAAGUUGUCAGGACGACGCUCUGACAUUCCAACAAUUGGAUCUACAGUCCAACCGUCUGGCCCGAUGGCUGAAAGCUUCCGGCGCGACGCGUGGCGCCCGGGUUGGCUUUUUUAUGCCCAAAUCCGUCUACGCCAUUGUGUCCAUUCUUGGCAUCAUCAAAGCUGACUGUUCCUACGUACCUAUCGAUGUCAAAUCGCCGGCUCAACGGAUGGCUUCAAUAAUUGCCAGCGCUGAGAUCGAUCUGGUCCUGGUUAACAACCAAUCCUCAUCGCUACUGGAUGGUAUGGACGAAGCACGUCAAACAGUGACGUCGUUAAACGUAGAACACAUGCCACAGCUUGAUCACACAGCGCUGGCGGCAGAAAAUCUGUCGAUAGAUCUGGCGUACGUGCUUUUUACCUCGGGAUCUACCGGCCAGCCCAAAGGUGUAAUGAUUACCCAUGGCGCUAUUAUCGACUACGUCUCCUGGUGUAUAUCCCAGUAUCAGCUCACCGCCAACGACGCCAUCGCCAAUCACGCACCGCUUUACUUUGACAAUUCGACUUUUGACAUAUACACCGCGCUGUUUACCGGCGCCACAUUACAUCUGGUAGAUGAUGACUUGAACGCAGUCCUGCCGCGGCUGGUUAAGUGGCUGGACGAUCGGGCAAUCACCACCUUAUUCUGCGUUCCUUCCGUGCUCACAUUGUUACAAAAAUCGCGCCGGUUGAAGCCAGGCACUCUUGCCACAUUGCGGCAUGUGAUUUUUGCUGGCGAGGUGGUUCGUCCCGAUGUAUUGGCAGGCUGGAUUGAGCUGUAUCCCGACAAGCAAUUCACCAACAUGUACGGCCCAACAGAAAUCACGGUGGACUGCACUUUUCAUGUGGUCGACAACAGCUCGUUUGAUCCUUCGGUACCGGUACCCAUUGGCCGAGCCAGACCCAAUAUGGAGCUGUUUAUUCGAUUGACCGAUGGCAACAUCGUCACGGCAACCAAUUGCGAGGGUGAACUGCUGGUUCGCGGCGCAUCGGUCGCCCGAGGUUAUCUGGCCAAUGCAGCAAGAACAGCCGCCGCAUUCAUCCCGCACCCCGACUACCCGGAUAUACCCGAGCGGCUUUACUGUACCGGGGAUAUUGUUCGCGCUGACGCCAGCGGGGUUCUGCAGUUUGUCGGGCGCACCGAUUCUCAGAUAAAACUGCUGGGUCAUCGCAUCGAAUUAGGCGAAGUAGAGGCGGCCGUAACUAGUGUAGAGGGUGUCCAGGAAUGUAUUGUGGUUUUUAACCGCGACGCUGAUGUCGACGAACAGCAUUUGGCAGCGCUGGUGAUAUCCGACGUAACAGCCGAGGGCGGUUCGCCAAUCACUCACCCAUUUGCUACCACCGUACAUGGUUCCGGCCAGAGUGAUCGUAGUGCCGAAGGAAACCGGCAUGCCGCAGACCCCUAA